CCAUCGCCUCGUACAAAAUAAUUAUAAAGAGUACCUAAUCAUUCUAUUCCAUACUCUUACUCGUUCAAAUGUGUCUAACUUUUAAUUUAAAAUUACCUACAAUAGAAUAUUUUAUUCUAAAAGGUCUUUGCAAGUUACACAAAAAAUACUUCGUGUAAAUUUUUUAUGUGCCACAUUUUGUGAAAAUGCAUUUAAUUUGAAGAAUGAUGACGGGUAAAUCGACACAAUGGAUAACACCAUUCACCAGACAGUGCUAUGUCACCAUGGGGGUGUCUCUUAGCAUGAUGCAGAUGGGCCUUAUUAUGGGGUUCUCCACCAUCCUCCUGCCUCAGCUGAAGUCUCCCGGUUCCUCGAUACCCAUUGAUGAUAAUUAUGGGUCAUGGAUAGCAUCUCUACCUGCUGUCACCAUCCUCAUCGGUAAUUUCACCAUCCCAAGCAUCAUGGGGCAGUUCGGGAGGAAAAUUGCCAGCCUGACCUGCAUUUUCAUCACCAUCGCUGGCUGGAUCAGCGUCUACCUAGCCAGUGACGUCAUCUCCCUUCUAGCAGCUAGAGGCUUGCAAGGAAUCGCCCUAGGCAUGGUCUCCGCGUUAGGACCAGUUCUCAUCGGAGAAUACACUAGUCCUAAAAAUAGGGGUGCCUUCCUCAUGACCAUUUCCAUUACCAUUGGAAUUGGAGUACUAGCUGUACACGUUUUAGGUUCAUAUUUGCGUUGGCAGACUGCAGCGCUGAUUGUGAUAGCCAUGACUGUGGUAGACUUAUUGAUUGUUAUAUCCUCACCAGAAUCUCCAGCCUGGUUGGCUGAUCAGGGAAGGUUUGAGGAGUGUACUGUGAUCUUUAGAUGGCUAAGAGGUGAUACAGAGGAAGAUGAAUUAGAGAAAAUGAUCAAAACAAGCACGGCGUUACGGAAAGAGAAAGACGAUGUUGCUACAGCAGAUGCAUGCUUAGUGAAGAUGUGGAAUAACAUAAAAGAUUUCAGAUUGACGCUAAAGAGGAACGAAUUUUACAAACCGAUCGUAAUAAUGUUGCAUAUCUACACCAUGGCUCAAUGGUGUGGUCUCCACGUCCUAGCGUCAUAUGGUUUUGUCCUGAUACAUAACACCAUAGGCACCAACAUCAACGUGCCUUUGAUGAUCAUAUCAUUAGAUUGCAACAGAAUAAUAUCAAACACUAUUGCUCUGAUUUUAAUCAGGAAAAUAAGAAGAAAAUUCAUGAUGUUUUCGACUAUUGGAUUGAAUAUUGUAUGUUUGCUAGCCGUAGCAGGGUACACGUAUUCGAAAACUUACAAUCUGAUCACUUUGGACAAUGAGUAUGUGGGCAUUGCGUUGCUCCAUAUAAUGACAUUGUCGAUGGGGAUGGGAUGUCUCCCUAUUUCGUUUAUCCUGGCAGGGGAAAUCCUGCCGUUGCAAUUCAAGAGUUUAGCGGGAGGGAUCAGCUCCUCCUUUUUCUCCCUGAACAUGUUCAUUGCCCUCAAAACUCUCCCACUUUUGAUGAACAGUAUUGAUAUCCAUGGAACUUUUACUGCCUAUGCUGUACUGUUGAUAUAUUGCCUGACUGUGGUUGGGUGUAUGCUGCCAGAAACUAAGGAUAAGACUUUGCAAGAAAUUGAGGAAGAAUUUAAAGGGAAGAAGAAACCAGUGCCUUUAGGUUUGACACCAUAAUAAGAAGGCGGAUUAUUCCGAGACUUUAUACUUAAUCUAAGUACCUACACAAACAAUAUUUAGAGAAAUAAACACAUUUUGAAUGGG